GCGAGCCACCCUGCUGAUCGUUUCUAGCCAGUACUUCCCCGUUUGCGUUCCCCAUUGCCAAACAAUCCCAUGAGCAAGAAGGCGGAGGCGGGCGGCGAGCAGCCGCCGAGCCAUGGCCGCGCGACGUCCCCGGCGGCGACCGCGCAGAGGGAAGAGCCCGCGCUGUCGCCGGCGAUGCACGAGGAUGCCGCGGGGAGCAGCAGCACUGUCAUGGCGGCUCGCCCGAGACGUGCUCCUAACGAGUACGUCACCUUUCGGGAAGCCGGGACGAGCGAAGCGUCGGUGCAUCAUCCCGGCCAGGAUGGGCGCUUCCCCGGCGGACUGAGUCACGGCGCCGCGGAGGAUGUCACCGACGUGAGCAGGCCGUACUAUAUACCGCCUUGGCUGAGGAGGCGUGAGCGGCCACCGGAGGAACCGCGGACGGCGAUCCCGCGGCCAACUCGUAACGGCGGCGCGGAGGAUGUCACCGACCCGGCGGUGGUGCCGCCGCCAACCGGCAGACCGUACUACGUACCGCCGUGGCAGAGGAGGCGUGAGUGGCCAGCGGACGAACGGCAGACGGCGAUGCAGCCAGCCGGAGCGCCGCCGCUAGGCCCGCGCCCAACCCGUAACGGCGACGCGGAGGAUGUCACCGACACGGAGGCGGUGCCGCCGCCAACCGGCAGGCCGUACUACGUACCGCCGGGGCACAGAAAGCGGGAGCGGCCAGCGGACGAACGGCGGACGGCGAUGCAGCCAGCCGGAGCGCCACCGCUAGGCCAGCGCCCAACCCGUAACAGCGACGCGGAGGAUGUUACCGACGCCAGCAGGCCAUUCUACCUACCUGCGUCGCAGAGGAGGCGUGAGCGGCCAGCGGAGGAACGGCGGACGGCGAUGCAGCCAGCCGGAGCGCCGCCGCUAGGCCACGACGACGUGGAGGAUGUCACCGACUCGGCGGCGGUGUCGCCGACAACCGGCAGGCCGCUCUACCUAACUGCCUCGCAGAGGAGGCGUGAGUGGACAUUGGAGGAACGGCGGAAGGCGAUGCAGUCAGCCGGAGCGCCGCCGUACUACAUACCGGCGUCGCAGAGGAGGCGUGAGCGGCCAGUGGAGGAACGGCGGACGGCGAUGCAGCCAGCCGGAGCGCCGCCGUACUACAUACCGGCGUGGCAGAGGAGGCAUGAGCGGCCAGAGGAGGAAUCACGGACGGCGAUGCGGCCAGCCGGAGCGCCGCCGCUAGGCCCGCGCCGCCCGACCCGUAACAGCGGCUACACGACGACCACAAGGAUCGUCGAACGCGUCUCCACGAUCAAGCCAGACGACGACGGCCGUAGGGCCUACCAGGCGGCCCCGAGGCAGCACCAUCCGUGGAUGCCGUCGAGGUACUCGCAGCGAAAGCCGCCGGUCAUCGUGUCGCCCGACCGGAGGAAGAGGCGCGGCCGUCCGACCGCGUUCUGCUUCACUCUCUGCAGCAUCCUCUUCUUGCUGGCGGUCAUCCUCGUCGGCGCCGCCGUGCUCACCGUGUACCUGGUGUACCGCCCGCGUCUCCGGCUGACCGACGCUACCCUGAACGCCGGGUACAUCGACGACCUCACCGUACCGGGCGGCCGGCCUCGAGGCCUGGCGCUCAACGCCAGCCUCAACGUACCGGGCAGCCCGCCUCGGGGCCUGGCACUCAACGCCAACCUCACCGUGCUCGGGGCAAUCACCAGCCCGAACACCAAGAUCAAGGUGGUGCUGUCGUACAUGCAGCUGGACCUCUACUUCCAGGGCCACAUGAUCGGGACGCAGAUGGUGCUGCCGGCGCCGGUGCCGGUGCGCGAGUCGACGGGCGGCUUCCUGCUCCCGAGCGUGGACAUCCGAGUCAGCGAGGUGCCGAUCUCGCAGGAGGACGCAUAUGCGUGGCGGAACGCGACGACGCACGGUGGCCUCGUGGUGUUCCAGCUCGCCGGACGGUUCCACGCCCAGCUCAACUUCGGCAAGUGGCUGCCGUACAGAUACUGGGUGAACUCGCGGUGCACGCUCUGGCUCGACCCGCCGCCCAGCGGCAGGCUGCGCGGGGCACGCUGCUAAUCUCAUAUUUCUACACACGAAUUGCAUUUUCGUCUAUGAGUACAUUUUUUCACCUCGAAAUUAUAAUUUUUUUUCUUCUGUCCCAUG